CACCAAAACAAGAAGAGGAGAAUUUUGUUCCUUUUGUAAUAAUUUGUUGAUUUUCUGACAUGGGGUUUGAUGAUUCCGACAGGGCUUCAUCGGAACAUGUAAUGAUAAGGGAAGUUUGGUCGGAUAAUUUGGAAACGGAGUUCGAGUUGAUCAGUCAAGUGAUCGACGAGUACCCUUUUAUUUCCAUGGACACCGAGUUCCCGGGUGUUGUUUUCCGUCCGAAAGUGGACCCCACCAGGCCGUUCCACGGCCAAUUCCGGCCGUCCGACCACUACAAGGCCUUGAAAUCCAACGUUGAUGCUUUGAACCUGAUCCAAGUGGGCCUCACCCUCUCCGAUUCUUCCGGUAACCUGCCCCGUCUCGGAUCCGCCGACGGCGGUCGGUUCAUCUGGGAAUUCAACUUCCGCGACUUCGACGUGGAGCGUGACCCUCACGCGACCGAUUCCAUCGAGCUCUUGAGACGGCAAGGGAUCGAUUUCGACAAGAACAGGGAGAAAGGGAUCGAUUCGGUACGGUUUGCCGAGCUGAUGAUGUCGUCGGGACUCGUGUGCAAUGACUCAGUGAGCUGGGUGACUUUUCACAGUGCGUACGAUUUCGGGUACCUGGUUAAGAUCCUGACCCGACGGAACUUGCCCGGGAGACUAGAGGAGUUUUUGACGAUUCUUAGAGUGUUCUUCGGUAACAAAGUUUACGAUUUGAAACACAUGAUGAGAUUCUGCAAUAGCUUGUACGGUGGGUUGGACCGAGUCGCUCGGACCUUGGAUGUGAAUCGGGCGGCCGGGAAAUGUCACCAAGCAGGGUCCGAUUCUUUGCUGACAUGGCACGCGUUUCAGAAGAUGAGAGACGUGUAUUUCGUCAGUGACGGACCGGAAAAGCAUGCCGGCGUUUUAUAUGGAUUGGAAGUUUAUUAACAAUAUUUUGUUAAUUAAAUUGUAGAAUUAUUGAGGAAUAAUUAAAAUUAUAUUAAUUCAUUGAUUUAAA